AUUUGUCACAAUCCUUAUCUUCUUUCUCUUUGAUAGAAUGAAAAAUAUAGGACAUGGGUUUUCUGGUUUAUGCUACUUAGUUUUAUUUUUUGUUCUUAUUUCAUGUUUUCAACAAUCCAAAGCUAAAUUGCUAUAUGAUAACCUAGCAAAUCCAAACGUGGAUGGCUGUGAUUUGUUCGAAGGUGGUUGGGUGUACGAUGAUUCUUAUCCUCUAUACGACACAUCGUCUUGCCCAUUUAUUGAGACAGAAUUUGAUUGCCAGAAAAAUGGACGGCCAGAUAAGUCGUAUCUUAAGUACAGAUGGAAGCCUCGUGCCUGUACAUUACCAAGAUUUGAUGGUGAAGACUUUUUGAGGAGGAUUAGAGGAAAGAAAAUAUUGUUUGUAGGGGAUUCUCUAAGUCUGAAUCAAUGGCAAUCUAUCACUUGCAUGCUUCAUAAAUCAGUGCCCCAAUCAAAGUUCACCCUCGAAAGAAAAGGAGGCUUCUCUCUCUUUUCCUUACAUGAAUACAAUGUUUCUUUGGAUUUAUCUCGUAAUGCAUUUUUAGUUGAUUUGGUUAAAGAAAAAAUAGGGAGGGUCUUAAAGCUCGAUUCAAUUGAAAAUGGGAAUGAUUGGAAAGGAUAUGACAUGCUUAUCUUCAACACUUGGCAUUGGUGGCUCCACAAAGGAAGUAAACAACCAUGGGACUACAUUGAAGAAGGAGAAACAAUAAGGAAAGAUAUGGAUCGGUUGGUUGCUUUUGAAAAGGGGCUCAGUACAUGGUCCAAGUGGGUAGACCACAACAUUAAUCCCAACGUCACUAACGUAUUCUUUCAGGGCAUUUCUCCGACCCAUUAUAACGGUGAAGAAUGGAACGAAACAAAGUCAAGUUGCAAUGGGCAAACCCAACCAAUAAGUGGAACAACAUAUCCAGGUGGUUUACCAGAAGCAGUUACUGUGGAAAAAGUAUUGGGAAAUACAAAGGUACCCAUUAAAUUGCUUGACAUAACAACAUUAUCUCAGCUAAGAAAAGAUGGCCACCCUUCAAUGUACGGAAAUAGUGGCAAAAAGGGAAAUGACUGUAGCCAUUGGUGUCUUGCUGGAGUUCCAGAUACCUGGAACGAACUUUUCUAUGUAAUAAUUUCCACCUUUAGAAGCUCAAUUGUCUGAUUUAUAUUAUGGUUGUAUUAUAAAUUUUCUGAUUGAUUAGUUUUGGUUUGAGAA